AAAAAAGCUCAAACUCAUCCAUCAUAUUGACAAAAAAAACUUUUCACAACAAAAAAAAAAAAAAAAACGAACUUUAUCAUGAACAAAGUGAGAUAUAGCGGGCUGUUUUUGGUGUUUUUGUUGGUUUUGAGUGAUUUUGCAAGUUUGGGAAAUGGUCAAGAUUAUGGUGGCGGAGACGGUGAUAUUAUACCGGGAGGAGGGGAGAGUGCAGGAGAAGCAAGUCGGAGGGCAUUGGUGCCGGCAAUGUUCAUAUUUGGAGAUUCAUUGAUUGAUAAUGGCAACAACAAUAACCUAGCUUCUUUAGCUAAGGCUAACUAUUUUCCUUAUGGCAUUGAUUUCAAAGGUGGUCCAACUGGUCGUUUCUCUAAUGGUUACACCAUGGUUGAUGAAAUAGCUGAACUGCUGGGAUUACCACUGAUUCCACCAUUCUCUGAGGCUUCCGGUGAUCAAUUGCGUUAUGGAGUCAACUACGCCUCUGCAGCAGCUGGUAUUCUUGAUGAUACUGGCCGAAAUUUUGUUGGGAGGAUUCCAUUUAACCAACAGAUCAAGAACUUUGAGAACACACUGGAUCAGAUCACUGCGAAUUUAGGUGCGCCUGAUGUUUCCCAGGCAUUAUCAAAAUGCAUAUUCUUUGUGGGAAUGGGAAGCAAUGACUAUCUCAACAAUUAUCUAAUGCCAAAUUACAACACCAAGAACCAAUACAAUGCUCAACAGUUUGCAGAUCUAUUAGUUGGCCAAUACACUCAACAACUCUCUAGAUUGUAUAAUCUUGGAGCUAGGAAAUUUGUGAUUGGUGGGAUUGGAUUGAUGGGAUGCAUUCCAAGCAUAUUAGCCCAAAGUGCGUCUGGGCUAUGCUCUGAAUCAGUUAACCAAUUGAUUAUACCAUUCAAUCAAAAAAGCAAGGCCAUGAUCAACAAUCUCACCACUACUCUGCCUGGAAUAAGGUUUUCUUACAUUGACAUUCACAACAUGUUCCAAGAUCUUCUGACCAACCAUGAAACUUACGGUAUAUACAAUAGUACUUUUUCUCCAAUUCAUCUUCAAUUUUUGUUUUUUUUUUCUCAUUUAUACGAAUGAAUUACUUUAACAAAUUAAUGGAACCGUAAUGAUAGAGAUAGCCAAUUAUUAUAUAAUAAAGAGUGAAUCCGUAACAUACAUUAUUCACUAUUAUAUUUCACUGAACGGUUUCCCCAAUUGUUUAUUGGACAGGAUUUAGUGUUGUGAAUCGUGGAUGUUGCGGAAUUGGGAGAAACAGGGGACAGAUUACAUGCCUUCCAUUCCAAGUGCCCUGCCCAGAGAGAGAACGCUACAUAUUUUGGGAUGCAUUUCACCCAACGGAAGCAGUCAACAUCUUAUUUGGAAAGAAUGCUUUCAAUGGACCUUCCAAUUUCGUUUAUCCAGUCAACAUUGAGCAGCUAGCUCGUGUUUGAAUAAAACGUUCACAGAUGAAUCAUCAUAUUUUGCUGUUGCCGCUGCCAUGAUCGAUCUUCAUAGUUAACAAAUACUCUAUAUAGAUUAGCUUUUGGUUUUGCUACUGUUUAAUUGAUUGCGGUCACUUUUAUGGUAUGUUGUAGUAGUACUACUACUAAUUGAUACUAGUUGGAACUGAGAUUAUUUUGUAUGGAUUUUUUGGGAGUGGAUUUAUGUGCUAGUGAUCUAAUUGUGGCUCUC